ACACUGAACUAACUUGACUAUUCCUUCCGUCUUCUUGCUGGCUUCAUUUUGUGUUUUUCGGGCGUUUUAAACGACACACUUUUCUUGUUUUUGGAGUAGUAAUGUGUUAAAGUCUGUGGCGCGGCCGCUCUUCACUGGGCGGAAAUACCGUUUUGUCUCCGCUUUUUAGUUGUAAAGCAGCGGAGGGAAAUGUCCAGCUGAGGAUUGGAAAUCCAGAAAAUCGCAGGGCCUGUGUUUGUAAUGAUUGAUCGAUACUUCGACAAUGGCGAAAAAGGUACAAGUUUUAUAUGACUUCUCUGCUGAGGCCGGAAACAACGAGUUGACUGUGAAAGAAGGAGAGACGAUUACUAUCACCAAUCAGAGUAUUGGAGGCGGCUGGAUUGAAGCGCAGAACUCCAGAGGAGAGGUUGGACUGGUGCCAGUGGACUACAUCGAGCAGUUACCAUCGUUCACAGGACCUGCCGCCCUCGCUCCAAGUGUCGGACAUGUUGCAACUCCAGACCUGUCCAUCUUUGAUUCUCUGGCUCCUGCAGCACCACCUACAGCACCACCUGUACAACACCAGGUGGAUGCUGGGGGCUUAAGUCCCCAGCCGGACACCCCCGACACCCCCGACACCCCCGUUUCCCCCUUCUUUCCGUCCCCCGAUGAGGCGAGUAACGGUAAUGACCCCUGGUCGGUGUGGAACACGGACCCCUCAGGGGGCUCCAACAACAACUGGGCAUCCAAUCCAGAGGGCACCCAGACUGGGAAGACUUCCGCUGACCCCUGGAGCUCCAUAUCCCAGGGCCACCCUCAGGCUUACCAGGGCCCCGGAGCGGAGGACGAUGAGUGGGAUGACGAGUGGGACGACGUAAAGUCCACUGGAGGUUACGCCGAAUCCGAAUCUGGAGAUAGUGGUGCGAUGCAGAGGGGAGGAGCUCAUGCACCUUCAAUGAAGAUCUCCCUAAACAACAGGUUUCCUGGGUUCUCCAAGCCUGGACCGGAGCUCUACCUCUUAUGCAAGCAGCUCACUAAGGGCAAAGAGAGGUUACCAAUCUAUGUAGGAGAAGUUGGUCCCGUGUGGUCUUACCCAGAAACUCAGCUGGACUGUAUUGUGGCUGAUCCCAAGAAAGGCUCAAAGAUGUACGGGCUCAAGAGCUACAUCGAGUACCAAAUCAUACCCAAUACCACAAACCGACCCGUCAAUCACAGAUACAAGCACUUUGAUUGGCUGUAUGAGAGGCUUCUAGACAAAUUUGGGUCGGCCAUCCCAAUCCCGGCUCUACCAGACAAGCAGGUGACGGGGCGAUUUGAAGAGGAGUUUAUUAAGAUGCGUAUGGAGCGGCUGCAGGGCUGGAUGACCAGGAUGUGCAGGCACCCCGUUCUUUCCAGCAGCGACGUAUUCCAGAUUUUCCUCACCUACAAGGAUGAGAAGGACUGGAAGACGGGGAAGAGAAAAGCAGAGAAGGACGAGACGGUGGGAGUGAUGGUCUUCUCCACGAUAGAGCCUGAGGGUGCCGACUUGGAUCCCGUGGAAGUGGAGCAGAAAUGUGAGCAGUUCAGCCGGUUCACCAAAGCCAUGGAUGACGGCGUGAAGGAAAUCCUCACAGUGGGCAACGAGCACUGGAAGAGAUGCACAGGCCCGUUGCCCAAAGAGUACCAGAGAAUCGGCAAAGCGUUCCAAAACCUGGCGACCGUCUUCAACAGCAGUGGAUACCAAGGCGAGUCCACCCUGACUGAUGCCAUGACGGCGGCAGGAAAGACGUAUGAAGAAAUAGCUCAGAUGGUGGCAGAGCAGCCCAAGAAAGACCUCCACUUCGUCAUGGAGACCAACAAUGAAUAUAAGGGUCUUCUCGGAUGCUUCCCUGACACCAUCGGGUACCAUAAGGCAGCAAUAGAGAAGGUGAAGGAGGGAGACAAGCUUGUGGCCGCCAGUAAGAUUACCCCUCAGGACAAAGUCACGAUGGCUAAGCGGAUCAGCACCAUGUCGUACGCGUUGCAAGCGGAGAUGAACCACUUCCACAGUAACCGUAUCUAUGACUACAACAGGGUCAUGCAGUUGUACUUGGAGGAGCAAGUCAAGUUUUACGAGACGAUCGCCGAGAAGCUGAAACAAGCCCACGGUCAGUUCACCACCAUGUGAGCGACGUUCCGGUCUCGCGCCGCGAGACGAGAAGAAGAAUUCAACCAGCUCGGCAUCCAAAACUCUUUUCCUCACACUGCGUUCCUUUCCCUCCCUUUAAUUUAAAUGUCACUUCUCUCUUCCUUUCGGUCUUACCUCAUCUCUUUACGGCUCGUGCCAACGGUCCCGGCUCGUGGUGUCCCUUUUGUGCGCGGCGCUCUCGGAGGGUUAUGAACGGUCGAGGAGCGUGUGCGGCAGCUGAAAAAGGCUUCGGCGCUUUUAUUGUUCGGGCCAGCCAUGACAACGGACCAAGUCACGUGUUUGCACCCCCGUUCCUUCGCUCAAGGUCUGCGGCUCGCGAGACAGGAAGUUAACGCCAUGAAUUGCACAUUGCGCAUUCUCUCAUGUGAUGCAAGGGAAGUGUUGUACAGCUUAUCGGUGCCAACAUGCCUGUGCUUACUUUAUAUCGACUUAUUUUAAAGCAAUACUCUGCAGUUUUUCCAUGUAGAAAAUGGUAACUUAAAGGUUUUACACGUGCCGUCUGCACAGUGGCGUCGCGAUGUACUUACUCCCAACACCAAAGCUGCCCUCCCCUCUGUCCUUAGGGACAGCAAGGGGGGGGGGGAGGGGUUUCUGAAUACAGCACUGUCAACAAAUCAGAGCUUUAUUGUCUAUUCCUCAGCCAAUAUUUGAAUAAUUUUUUGCAAACAUUCGAGAGAGUCCUAACAUAUCUGGUAAAAGCAGUGGAGUAUUCCUUCCAUGGAGUCUUGGAAGAGCCGUCAAAGGACGGAGUGUGUUCUCUGUACGUCCAUUGCUGGCAGCCCCCCCCCCCCCCCCCCCCCCACACACACACACACACUUUCAUCCGGCACUUCCUCACAGAGCUAACAGGAAGCUCCACCUCCUUCCAGUCUUUCCCCUUUUAGGAAAAUAGAAAUGGUUGACCUAGUGGCCCCCCAGGCUGAAUACCAUGACACUGCAGUUUACAUAUCAGGAGACACGACAACAUGAGGGAGAAAUAAUACUCAAGUUCGAUUCUUUUAAGUGUUGGGGCUGUAAAGUCAAAAGUCAGUAAAUAUUAUACCCCCCCCCCAGUUAUGAAGAAUAUUUUUCCUUUUUUUUUGACCAGCUAAUAGUGUUUUAUAUGUAACAGCACCGUUAGCUGAAAGAAUAUACUAAAAGAAGAGCCGUGGAUUACGUCACUUCUGCAGUUCUGCUUUUCUCCACCCAUUUUUCAAUCAUUCUCUAAUUGUGUUCACUCUGUUUUCUUGUCACUUGAUACAUGAAAAAUAUACAUAUAUAAAUAUAUAUAUAUAUAAUAUCUUAUCAGGUGCUUCUUUUUCACUGAGAUACUAUUUUAUGUAUAGGAGUAUAGUAUUUGCAAUGCAGUGUAACUCAAAGAGCAGCACAAAUUCGGUUUGAUUUAUUAAACAAUGAUUUGUACUCAU